GGGUAUACGCAGUGUUACCAAAAACUCACCGGCGUUAAAGUGUGGCACGUUGGCAUGACUUCACUCAUGCUCAAUUUUACCAAGAAAAGGGCAUGCACAUCACAAAAGGAUCAGAUUAGCGAGGAGUGCCUCAAUUGGCUUAACUCCAAGGAACCCAAUUCAGUAUUGUAGAUAUGCUUUGGGACCUUGUGUCGUCACAAUAAAGAGCAACAAUUGGAGAUAGCACAUGGGGUUGAAGCCUCAGGGCACGAGUUCCUCUGGGUGUUUCCUAAAAAUAUGCAUGUUGAGGUUGAAGAAUGGUUGCCACAUGGUUUUGAAGAAAGGACUAAGGAAAAUAACAGAGGAAUGGUAGUGAGAGGGUGGGUCCAUCAAGAGUUAAUAUUGAAGCAUGUUGCGAUUGGAGGGUUCCUAACGCAGUGUGGGUGGAAUUCAGUGACAGAAGGGAUUAGUGCUGGGGUGCCACUGAUAACCAUGCCAAGAUUCGCUGAGCAGUUUUUGAAUGAGAAGUUGGUGACUGAAGUGCACAAAAUUGGGGUUGAGGUGGGGGAGUGUGAGUGGAGCAUAUCUUCUUAUGAUGCAGGGAGUAAGGUGGUUGGUUGGGAACUAAUUAAGAAUGCUGUGGAGAGGGUGAUGAAGGAUGAAGGAGGGUCACUUAGAAAACGAGCCAAAGAUAUGCAAGAAAAAGCACAUAAAGCUAUUCAAAAGGGUGGCUCCUCUUAUAAUAAUCUCACUGCCCUUGUUCAAUCCCUCAAACAAAAGAAUAUCCAUGGUUGAUGUUAAUGGUUAUGGUUGAACUUUUGUUUUGGAACUCUAGAUUUGCUUCACAUCAUUUUCAUCAGUAUUGUUGAACACUAUGCUUCAAGCACAAAAUAAUAUUUGAUAAAUGCAUCAUCUUUUCCA